AUGUCAACAAAUGCAACAAAUGUUAACGAAGAUAGGAAAAGGCUGAAAGAAUUAUUAAGUGACGCUUCUGAACUCUUAAAGAAGCAAGAACAGCAAAAAAAAAGAGUCAAAAAUCCCGAAAACACUGCGGAUUUAGACGACGAAACUGAAUUUUUGCGCAAUAGCCUCAAAGAUGUUUAUGAAGAUAUUCUUCUUAUUGAUCUUAAAAUCGCUAAUGAACAUAACAUCGAAGAAAAACUUUGGAGAAACGUUUUUUAUAGUCAUAUAGAAGAACUUAGGCAAAAAUUGCGUAAAAUUAAACCCGAAAAGGCCGAAUAUCAGACCACAUAUCUCGAGUUAUGUCGGUAUUUGGAUCUAGGUACUGGAUUUUAUCAUACGAUCGUUAAUAGCUUAAAAAUUCGCGAAAAUAUAGAUUUAGAUUGGAUUGGAAUUGAGAUUUUCAAGAAUAGUGUUAACUCGUCAGCUACUGCAACACGUUCUGCGUCAAAAUAUCGCAGACGAGAACUCACUGUUGAAUGCAUUCAACGAUGUCUCAUUCAUUUAGGUGAUUUUGCUCGUUAUCGUGAGACAUCUCUUGAUGCGAAUGAGAAACGUUGGGAGUUUGCCAGACAUUUUUAUACAAAAGCAGCAAGGGUUUAUUGCGAAAAUGGCAAGGCACAAGCACAAUUAGCUCUCCUUGCGAUGUAUGACGAUAAUGAAUUAGACGUUGUUUAUUGGUAUUGCUUUAGUCUUUCGACAAAACAACCUUCUGGUAUUUCUUUAGAAAAUCUAAAAGUUUUUUAUUCGAAAUUUGCCCAAAAAGCACGACAAAUCAAUGAAGAUACCAAUGAUACGUUGUUAACGGUUCAGGACUUUGUAAAAAAAUUCAUGAUUAUACAUUGGUAUAUUUUUGAAGAAAAUGUUGAAAAUUUAAUCAAAAAUGGUGGUAUUGAAGACAUUUUUCACUAUUUUGGAUCAUCUUUGUCUUCAUCUGACGUAAACCUUCGCAAUUUGAACAUAAUCCUUAAAAAGGUUGUAUUCAUUCUCAUGUUUACCAUUUGGGAUCUGCGUAAAGGAUUAGUGCAAGAUCGGAUUGUUAUAGUUCGAAAUCUGCAAGCUAUGGCAAUUGGAUUGGUUUUUGGCUUUUUAGUUCCAGUCGUUGAAAAUAUUUAUUCUUUUUUGAGCUCUGAAGACGUAGAGUUAGGUUGUAUAGGAUCUGUUGUAGAUUUAUUCUUACCUACUGUUGUAUUAUGGUGUGAAUAUUUGAGAACAUUGACUGAUCUUUUGAGUCAAUUGUAUGAUCAUUCAAAGUCGAUUGAUAAAGAAAAUCAAAAGAUUUUUGGAAUGUUUUUAAUGAAUUCGAAGAAUUUCUUCAAAUCAUUGAUCAAUAUCUUAAAUCACCAAAAAAUUUCCAAUUUAUUAUCUGCGAAUGAUGAUCUCUAUGAAAUCGCUAAACUUGCUCUUUCAGAAGACAGAGAAUUUUUAGGAAUAGUUCCAUUGCGAGUAGUUCAUCAAGAUAUUAAUUUCAAUGUUUCUGGCAAAGUUGAUGUUCUUAAAGUUAGCAUUGCUAGAUUGAUAGUUUUUACUUUAUUAGAAUACAACGAAUCUUCCGGACAAUUUAUGAUGAUUGACGAGGAAUUGAAGAAAAAGGAACGUCAACGUGUCAUGAGAUUGAUGGCACAUCGGUUUUUGCAAGAUCAAGUGAAUUCUUUGGAAGAUAAGGUUAAGAAUAUUAAGCCUCUACAAUCUUCAAGUACUGGGUCUUCAGCUUUAAAGAAUUCAAAGGCAAACACACUUAUACAUUGUGUGGCUGAUAUCAGUGUAUUCCUAAAUCAUUUAAAUUCUGUUAAGAAAUGGAUAGCGGAGGAAAAAUGUAUUGUUAUUGUACCUUUAGACGUUAUUGAUUCUUUGGAUACAAUUAAAAAAGGAAAUAACAAAGAAAAUGCACGUGCUAGAGAUGCUAUUCGUUUUCUGGAUGAACAAUUGGAUCAACAAUUUAGCAAAGCAAAGCAGAAUGAGAGCGAACUUUUUAUUCGUGCUCAAAAAACGAAUGAGAAGUUACCACAGUGGAAUUGUGCAGAGAAUUAUAUUAUUAAAGACGGAAUGUUAAAUGAUAACUCUAGGGGUGUUGUUUAUAAAGACCAAAAAUAUAUUAAAGAAUCAUCAAAGAAUUCAGAUAACAUUUAUAUACAAGAGGAUAAAUUUAACGUCAUGGAUGUACCACUAGAAUAUCGUCCGGCUAUAAGUUGUUGGUUAUAUUAUGCUAAGAUUGUAAAGAUUGACGAAAUUUUAUUUGUAUCAGAAGAUCAAUAUUUGAAAAAUUAUGCAAAGAUGUUUGGUAUUUCUGUUGUAGGUGUUGGAUUUAUUUAG